AUGACUCAUUCUUUACCUCCGUCGACAGAAUCUACCAUUGUAAAGAGAGUGACCGAUGAGAAAUUUGUAGAUGUUUAUACAUCUAAUGAGGAAGCAGCACGAUUACUAGAAAAUGGAAGAACAUUAGUGGCCGUCAAAGCUUGGUUCUUUGUGGCUGCUCUUGGCAGUCACUCAUAUUCGUCUGGCAUUCAUUGUAUUCGAAUAAGAGUAGAUGAUGGCGUUCCAUUUUUGGGUAUUCGUUCACGAAGUAUACCACCUGUACCAUCUGAGUUUAGCGGAGGUAGUUAUUGUCUUGAAAGUGUUUCCACAUAUGGUUGGGAAAUAAGUUAUGCUGCUAUUAUCAAUGGACACGUUCAUGCGAAUUCAGAAGAGAUCAUGGAACCAGACAGUGCUAUCUAUUCACUUACGUUGAAUUGUGAUCAACGUCGAUUAAGCUUGGUUAAUGAAAACACCAAUGAACAAAGUGAAAUGGAAGUUGAUAUUCAUCAGGUUCCUUUUCCUUGGUGCCUCUUUGGAGCAUGA